CACGUCUGCCCACAAAGCGCCUGCGCUUGACCUCUACGUUAUAUUUACUUUGGCAAUGUACAAAGUGCUGAGGACAGUCCUAGCCCAGAGGGCCCCUAAUACAUUGUCGUCUUCUUAUCCCCGGCCGCUGCGUUACAGAGGGCUGCCCCGACUCGGCUCUGAACGCUGACUCGCCCUUUUCCAGUCGGCCCUUGAGCCCACUAGUCCGGGCUACAGCGUUUUCCUAACCGAGGUUUAGAGGUCUUUCAUUUCUUGUUCGCUUACUUUCGUGAAAUCCUCACAUCGUUUUAAUGGUACUAGUCAAGACAAGAAAAUCAACAGGCUUUCAGCCUUGAGGCAGCAUUGGAUAUUACUGAGACAUCUGUGGAAUUUAAGAACACUAUGGAGCUCAUCAGAGUAUAUCACUGAAGAAUAUGAUGGCUGAAAACAAUUUAAAAAUGCUAAAGAUUAAACAGUGUGUGGUAGCCAACAAACUACCUAGAAACAGGCCAUAUGUUUGCAAUAUUUGCUUUAAGCACUUUGAAACACCAUCAAAAUUAGCUAGGCACUAUCUCAUUCAUACUGGUCAAAAGCCAUUUGAAUGUGAUGUGUGUCAUAAAACCUUUAGACAACUAGUUCAUCUGGAGAGGCAUCAACUAACUCAUAGUCUGCCUUUUAAAUGUAGUAUUUGUCAGCGCCACUUUAAAAAUCUGAAGACAUUUGUGAAGCACCAACAACUUCACAAUGAAACCUAUCAGAAUAAUGUUAAACAGGUCAGAAGAUUGUUGGAGGCCAAGCAAGAAAAGUCAAUGUAUGGAGUGUAUAAUACUUUUACCACAGAGGAAAGAUGGGCCUUACACCCGUGCUCUAAGUCCGAUCCCAUGUAUAGCAUGAAAAGAAGAAAGAAUAUUCAUGCAUGUACAAUCUGUGGCAAGAUGUUUCCAUCACAGUCAAAACUUGAUAGGCAUGUACUUAUUCAUACUGGUCAGAGGCCUUUUAAAUGUGUCUUAUGCACUAAAUCUUUUCGACAGUCAACUCACUUAAAAAUCCACCAACUUACACAUUCAGAAGAAAGACCUUUUCAAUGUUGUUUUUGUCAAAAAGGAUUUAAGAUUCAAAGCAAACUUCUGAAGCAUAAACAAAUCCAUACUAGGAAUAAGGUUUUUCGGGCUCUUUUCUUAAAGAAGAGGCGUACAGAAUCUCGCCCCCUGCCUAAUAAGUUAAAUGCAAAUCAGGGUGGUUUUGAAAAUGGUGAGAUUGGUGAAUCUGAGGAGAAUAAUCCACUUGAUGUCCACUCAAUUUAUAUUGUCCCUUUUCAAUGUCCAAAGUGUGAAAAGUGUUUUGAAUCAGAGCAGAUUCUCAAUGAACACAGCUGUUUUCCUGCUAGAGGUGGCAAAAUUCCAAGCAGGUUCAAAAGAAGCUACAACUAUAAAACCAUUGUUAAAAAAAUCUUGGCCAAGCUUAAACGUGCUAGGAGUAAAAAAUUAGUUAACUUUCAAUCUGAGAAAAAAGUAUUUAAAAAGAGUUUCUUGAGAAAUUGUGAUCUUAUUUCUGGCGAGCAGAGCUCUGAACAAACCCAGAGAACAUUUGUGGGUUCUCUUGGCAAACAUGGAACAUAUAAAACAAUUGGCAAUAGAAAGAAGAAAACAUUGACUUUGCCGUUUUCUUGGCAAAGUAUGGGAAAAAAUUUAGAAAACAUAUUAAGCAUUGAUAAUUCAGUGAACAAGAAAGACUUGUCAAUCUGUGGUUCAUCAGGUGAGGAAUUCUUUAAUAACUGUGAGGUACUUCAGUGUGGUUUUUCAGUUCCAAGGGAGAACAUACGUACUAGACAUAAGAUAUGUCCUUGUGACAAAUGUGAGAAGGUAUUUCCUUCUAUAUCCAAACUAAAAAGACACUAUUUAAUUCAUACUGGACAGAGGCCCUUUGGCUGUAAUAUUUGUGGGAAAUCUUUUAGACAGUCGGCUCACUUAAAAAGACAUGAACAGACUCAUAAUGAAAAGAGUCCUUACGCAUCCCUUUGCCAAGUAGAUUUUGGAAACUUCAACAAUCUUUCGAAUCCAGGUAAUAAUGUUAACUAUAAUGCUUCCCAACAAUGUCAGGCUCCUGGUGUUCAAAAAUAUGAGGUCUCAGAGUCAGGUCAAAUGUCAGGAGUUAAGGCAGAGUCACAGGAUUUUAUUCCUGGUAGCACCGGGCAAGCCUGUCUUCCUAAUGUACUUUUAGAAUCAGAGCGAAGCAAUCCUUUUAGCAGUUAUUCAGAGAAUCAGGAGAAAAAUGAUGUCUUCCUGUACCGAUGCAGUGUUUGUGCUAAAAGUUUCCGGUCUCCAUCUAAACUGGAAAGACACUACCUGAUUCAUGCAGGGCAGAAACCAUUUGAAUGCUCAGUUUGUGGCAAAACAUUCAGACAGGCUCCUCACUGGAAGAGACAUCAACUUACUCACUUUAAAGAACGACCGCAAGGGAAAGUGGUUGCCUUAGAUUCGGUUAUGUAAACUGUUGCAACCACUAACAAUUGUGGUCUCUGGUGAUCUUAUUUUUAAAGCCUGUAUUAUUUAAAAUGCAUUUUUAUUGAAAGGCCUGCAUUAAACUGAAUGGUUUCAAGGCAUUUGCUUGUCUUGCAUAGUAAGGGGGUAAAAUACGUAGAAAAUUAAUACAAUGUUUUAGAAACAGCCAAAUUAAUUUUUAGAGGCAAGAACAUGAUUUGAUGCUAUAAAGUAGUCAUUUUAAUAUUGUAAACAUAGGCUUUGGCUGUAUUGAAAAAUAUAAAUCCAUGAUGCUGUACAAAUAAUGUAGCCUCAUUCAUUUUUUAAAGGAAUUAUUCCUUAAGACAUGCCAUCUCACUGAGAGGCAAAACUUGGCUUUUAGCUGCAGCACAUAGCCCUGUUAUAUUUGAUUUGUUUUACAUUUCAUAUGAAAGCAUAAUUUUGUCCACUUGUGGCUCAAAUUGCGUUGGAAUUUUUUUUUUUUUUUUUUUUGGUAAAUUUAAAAAAUUACAGAGGCACUAAAGGUGAAAAUGGAUGAAAAAAUUAUAGUAUUAUUUUCAUUGGUCUUUUCAAAGCUAUUUUUAGGACUAUGUGGUAAUUUCACCUUCAGGUCAUAAGGACUUUUUUUUUUUCCUCCCAGCUAGUGCCAUCUUUCUCAAAAUAAUUUAAAAGUAGGCAAGAGGCUAGAAUGCAUCUAUAUACAUUUACCAUGUUUACUUACCAGGAAUAUUUUCUAAGUGCCAUAGUCUUUUUCAUAAUACGUAUGAGUUUUAUCUUUUCAGAGGAAUAAUUUCAAAUCAUUUAUUUGCUCAUUAAUGAUAGCAGUAGUCAUAGACUUAAGACUAUUCUAGAGAUCUUCAUCUCCAUAAGACUUUUACAUUUAUUUUAGUAGACUUUUCUUUUUAUGCCUCUUUAAUGGAGUGGUUCUAUUAUUUAAGCCUGUUAUAAGUUUGAUCAAAUGGCAAUGACUAGGUCUAGUUUUAGUUUUUAUUUUUGCAAGAGUCUAUUGCUAAAGAAUUUUAUUUUGAUCCUUGUUAAAUUUUUAUUUUAAUUAGUAAGGUGGUCAUUCCUGUAGAGGGAUAAGAUGCUUGUAGAGUUGUGGGUAUCAUUCCAAAUAGAACUGUUAUGAUUUGGGAAAUAUUCUUUAGUACAAAGGACUUAUUUCAUAAUGACAGAUUGUCCUUCACAUUUGCCUUUGUUUAUAAAAUCUUCAGGAAUGACAUUCUCUAGCAAUAAAAGGAAUGAACCGUUAUGUUUCUAAGCUGAAAAAAGGAACAGGUGGGUAAUUAUCCUACCAUACUUAAAUAUAGUGGAAAAUCCUCUAUUGAGAAUGUGGAUAAAUGAGCAAUUGUAAAUUUUGCAUCAUAAUCUGAGAACUUUCUUUUGACAGGGGGAGGCGGGAGGGAUAAUAGGUGGGGGUGAUCUGCCUGCUUCUUUUACCACAGGUAAUUUUUAAGUAACUUUGGUUUAAUUUACAGAGAUGAAACAUGACAGUCUGAGUAAAAUGCCCAAUGAUGUAGAAGUGUGCCUGUUUAUUAUGUAGAUACAGACAUCCAGAAAAAACAGAGGAGAAUCACAUGCUUUAAAGAACACUUUCUCUUAGGUUUCCUUGAGAUAUGUUCCUCCAGUGCAAGCAAGAUAAUGGUUUACAGAAUUUGCUUUACACAAAACUUUACAAGAACUCAUCUGUUACGCAAAAGCAAGGAAUAGCUAGUUUAUAUUUUCCAAUAAUGUUCAAGGUUUUCUCCUUAAUAUGUUUGAAAUUAUUGAUUUUGGCAUUUUUGUAAGCAAUUUAUGUAAUUUUAUUUGAAGGAAAUGUUUUAUAUAAUGUUUUUCCCAACCUAAACAGGGAGAGUCCUAACAGUGUUGUGCUUGUAUGAUUAUGAGACUUUAUUUGCGUAAGUGAUACUACUAUACUUUAUUUUUGACCCAUGCCUUUUUAAGCUGUUUCAUAUUGAAAGUUGGAAUAUUGUAAAAAUUUUGUCAAAGAUGUACUGUAGUGCUAUUUGAAGUACCUGUAACAAAACACAGCUGGCCCUCUGUAUCCAUGUACUCUGCAUCUGUGGAUUAAACCAAUUGCAGAUCAAAAAUAUUAGAAAAAAUAUAAAAAUAACACAAAUAAAAAUACAGUAUAACAGUUAUUUAAAUAGCAUUUACACUGCAUUAGGUAUUAGUCUAGAGAUAAAGUAUACAGGAGGAUGUGCGUUGGUUAUAUACAAAUAUGUCAUUUUAUGUAAGGGACUUGAGUAUACUUGGAUUUUUGGUAUCUAUGGGUUGAGGGGGCGGUCCGGGAACCAAUACCCCGUGGAUACCAAGGGACAACUGUACUUAUUUACCUUUAUGAUCAUUGCAAGCUUCUUAUGGAAACUAUAGGAAUGAAAAUAUACAUGUUAAGAUUAAACAUUAGAUAGUAGAUGGUUUGUUGCAUGCUAGAACUGUUAGUAUUGUUGAAUCAAUUACUUUGGUUUCAUGAAAAAAUAAACGAUAAAUAUCUUUAAAGAGAACUAGAAGAAUUUUUUGUUUGAGUGAUUCCAGGCUGUAGUAUGAUUAUUUACUGAAGUAGUUUGAUUGGCUGGCUAACUUAGUAGAAUUAUUGUUUCUUGUUUUGUACUGCAGUAGGGGUUAUAAUUAUAAGAUAAAAAUGUGUGUGUUUAAGGGAAGUAGGUGGUGGUUAAAAUUCUUGAAAAAUUUUCAGAAUACUUUAAAAAUAAAGUUUCAAGUUACA